AUGAAUGAGCACAAAGAAGUCAUUAGGAAAUAAAUUGGAGAUUAUUGUUUUGAUAUGAAUGAUAUUAUUGGAGAAGGCUAUUCAUCCAAAGUCUAUAAGGGGAUUCACAUGGUUACUCAAUAAGUUGUUGCAAUAAAGGUCAUUUCCUUAGAAAAUUACAACUCACCAAUAUAGAAAUCUCUUCUUUAAAAUGAAAUCAAAAUUCUGCUGCAAAUCGACAAUCCCAAUCUACUAAGAGUGUAUGAAAUAAGUAGAAGUGCCAAUAACACCUAUAUUGUGAGUGAAUAUUGUGAAGGUGGUAAUUUAGAAGUUUUACUGAAACAGGAACCAAUCAAAAUAAAUAAGGCUAUUGACAUUCUCACAUAAAUUUGUAAAGGCUUGUUAGACUUACACAAAAAAAAUAUCAUACACAGAGACAUUAAACCUGCAAAUGUAUUAAUAUAAGAUGGCAUUUUUAAACUUGUUGAUUUUGGCUUCGCUCUAAUUGAAAAUUAAUACGAUAGCAUAAUCAAACGAUACAAUGUUGGAACUCCUAUGUACAUGGCCCCUGAAAGUUAAUUGUUCAACCAAUAUUCAGAAAAAAGUGAUGUAUGGGCUUUAGGGGUUAUGCUCUAUGAGAUGCUAUAUCAGACAGCUCCAAAAUUUAAGUUGAAGGAGAUGACUUUUUUAUAAGAAAUACAAUAAAAGUGCUAAACUAUCGAUAUCAAAUAUUAAAAUCUAAUUCUUAAACUAUUUGAAGGUAUGCUAUAAUUGGCCUCUGAAGAUAGGAUAACAAUCUAGUAGAUUCUCUCAAUAAUACAAGAGAAUCAAUUAUCUUAAUUAUCUGCUUAAAAAACGAGUUCACAAUUAAUUAAACUUUCCUAAAAGUCAGUUUCUACAUCAAUUAAUUCUCCACUUUAAUUUAAAAGUGCAAAAACCCCAAAUGAAAUAAGGAAAAAAUACGUCUAAAAACUCUUAUCAAAUAAUAAGCCCCUAUCUUUCGAUGAUUAAAAGUUAGCCAAUUGUCUUAGGGUGAAAACUUAAAAGGAAUAAUAGGAAAUUGAAAUCACUUAGUUUACAUCUGACGAUGAGUAUCCAGGUAGGAAUCUCAAAACUAGUUUGAAUCAACCAGCAUCUAAAUAUAGCCAUAAAAAAAGCGACUCGGAUAUCAAUAUUGAAUUGAUUGGCUAAAUUAGUACUGAUUGUUCGAUUCAGAAAUCUCCAAAGUAACAAAAUCUCUUGAAAUAAGUUAAUUAGGAUGUUGAUAUACCAUUAAUAUUGACACCUACAUACAAAUUUUGUGAAUUUGUAGAAUAGGCCAUAUUGAACUUUCCUAAUUAGGAUAAUGAUCUAAUGUCGAAGUUUCAAUUUCUAUUAAGAAAGCUAUUGGCCAUCAAAGCCAAAGUAUUCUAUACUUUUGCCCCAAUAAAAAUUAAAUCAUAAUUGGAUAAUUGGAUAAAUCAACUUCAAGACUAUUACAAGAAGAUCUAACAUCAAAUCAAUUUGAAUUUAGAUAAGACUUUUUAAAUAUUUUUUAAUCCUAAUCUAGAAGAUUAAGGCAAGCUCUUAACGAUGUAUAUCAUGAAUUUGGCCAAUUAAAUGAACAGUUAAUCAAAAGAAAUACAAAUUAUAAUUGGAAUUUUGGAAGAAAAUUUGUAACAUCAGAAUGAUCCCUUCUUAUUUGCAAGAAAAUGGAUGUUCCAGAAAUCAUGA